AUGGCUCUUGUGGUGGGGGACUCCAGGGUUGCUGCUGAUUUUCUCAUCAGGCUGUCUCAGAGCUGUUCCAGGUGCCUCAGAGCCCUGUACCGAGUGCUGUGGAGCUUGAAGCUGAGCCUCUGAUCAGUGCUGGUCUCUGGGAUUAGUCUGCAGGGAGAACUGGUGCUGUGGGAUGAAAGCCAAGCUGAGCCUUCCUUGUACAGCCACAGCCAGCAGAAGUCCUCAGAAGAACUGGCAGAGUGUGACAAGGACCUGCUAAUCCCUCUGCAGCUGCUGGAGAUGCCAGAGGGCCCGUCAGUGAGGAAGUUCCAGCUGCUGACCUCCCCUUUUGUGGGACAAGUGGUGGCCAAGGUGGGGGGAAGCAGCCGGAAGCUCAGUGUGAAUGACCUGAAUGCCCUGAGGCUCCAGGACUCCCAGGUUCAUGGGAAGAACUUGUACCUGGCAUUUGUGGCAGCUGAAGGUCCUGUUGGAUCAACUGCAGAAGAGACAGCGCUGCAAAGCGAGGCUGCUUGUGGGGCACACUGUCCUGCCCAGGGACAGCAAGGACAGGAUGAUACUCCGCAUUCCCAUUCCCAGGAUGAGGAGCUGCAGGAAGCCCAGCACUCAAGAUCUGAAGGCCCAGAGGCAGCAGAGGGUCGGGGCAAUUGGCUGCGCAUCCACUUUGGCAUGUUCGGCAGCGUCCGGGCAAAUGAGUUCUCAAGGGCAAGCAGAGCCAAUAAAAGGGGGGACUGGAAGGAUCCUGUGCCCAGGCUGGUUCUGCAUUUUGAGAGUGGAGGCUUCCUUGUUUUCUACAACUGCCGGAUGCUCUGGUGCUCCUCUCCGAGGGCUGAUCCUGCUUCUGACAUCCUGUCUGUGGAAUUCCACCGUGGCCGGGCGCUGCGUGCCCUCUGUGCACCCGAUCCCAUCUGCUACACUCUUCUAGACCAAAGAUAUUUUUCAGGGCUGGGGAACAUCAUUAAGAAUGAGAUCUUGUACCUGGCCAGGAUCCACCCGUUAACACCAGGCUCCCUCUUGGCUCUCUCGGAUCUGGAGCGUCUGCUGGACUGCGCCGUUCAGUUCAGCUCUGAGUGGCUGCACAACAAACUGCGUGGCCAAGGGCUGCACCCCCAGGUGUACCAGAAGGAGCAGUGUCCCCUUGGGCAUCCCCUGAGGAAGGGCACUUUUGGACCCUCAGGUGGCUUCAAGAGACUGACGUGGUGGUGCCCUCAGUGCCAGCCUGCAGUGCUGCCAGGGGAUGGGGACCCUUCCCCAGUCACUGAGUGA